CACGAUGGCGGACGAAGACGUGGUGAUCACGGGCUUCUCGGCCUACUUUCCCCAGGCCAACCACCUGGCCGAGUUUCGGAAGAAGCUCUACGAUGGCGUCGACAUGGUCACCGACGACGAGGCACGCUGGCCCAGAGGGCUGCUAGGCCUUCCCGAACGGUCCGGCAAGAUCAGGGACCUGUCCCGGUUUGACGCGCAGUUCUUCGCCGUACACCCGAAGCAGGCGGAAGUGAUGGACCCGCAGCUGCGCCUGUUGCUCGAGACGUCGUACGAGGCGAUCGUGGAUGCCGGCUAUGACCCGGGCACGCUGCGGGGACGCAAGAUUGGCGUCUUCAUGGGCAAUAGCAAGUCCGAGACCGACGAGGCCUUCAACGGCGACACAGACAAGAUCGACGGCUACGCCCUGAUCGGCUGCUGCAGGGCCAUGUUCUCCAACCGUGUCUCCUACUGCCUCGAUUUCAACGGGCCGAGCUUCACUGUGGACACGGGCUGCUCGUCGGCUAUGACGGCGCUGAACGAGGCCAUGCUGGCGCUGCGCUCGGGACAGUGCGAGGCGGCGCUGGUCGGGGGCAGCACGCUGACGCUCAAUCCCACCACGGCACUCAAGUUGUACCGCCUCGGCACGCUGUCGCCGGACGGCAAGUGCAAGGCCUUUGACGCCGACGGCAAGGGCUACGUGAGGAGCGAGACCGUGGGCGUGUUCUUCCUCCAGCGGGUCUCGGAGGCACGCCGCGUCUACGCCAAGCUGGUGCACGUCAAGGCCAAUGCCGACGGCUUCAAGGCCGAGGGCGUCACGUUUCCUUCAGGCCGUGGUCAGGAGGCACUCCUGCGUGAAGUAUACGAGGAGGCCCGGGUGGACCCCCGCUCGGUGUCAUAUGUCGAGGCGCACGGCACUGGCACCAAGGUGGGCGACCCGCAGGAGUUGAGCGCCAUCAGCAACGUCUUCUGCGGCGAGGGACGCAAGGAGCCGCUCCUCAUCGGCUCCGUCAAGUCCAACAUGGGCCACUCCUUGGGCUCCUCCGGCAUCUGCUCGUUUGCCAAGGUGAUUCUGUCCAUGGAGACCGGCACCAUCCCGGGCAACCUGCACUUCAACGAGCCAAACCCGGCCAUCCCGUCGCUUAAUGACGGCAGAAUUCGGGUGGUGGACCGCCACACGCCCUUCCCGGGAGGACUAGUCGGGGUCAACUCCUUUGGCCUUGGAGGCGCCAACGUGCACGCCAUCCUGGAGGCGAAUCCGGGUCCUCACGUAAACUCCUUCCCCAGGGAGAAGCCUCACCUGCCCCGGCUGGUGCUGCUCGCAGGGAGGACCCAGGAGUCGCUCACGGCCACCCUGGACCGGCUGGAGGCGGACGGACCCCUGUCGGACCCAGCCAGCGCCCUGCUCAACCGGGUCGGGCAGCCCAGCGUCAACCAGUUCCCGUUCCGCGGCUACUCCGUGGUGGCCGUGGACGGCUCCCGCCAGCCCAUCAAGGGUGUUGAGCGUGCCCCGUCCGAGAAGCGGGAGCUGUGGUUUGUCUUCACUGGGAUGGGCUGCCAGUGGAGUGGCAUGGCCCGCCAGAUGAUGCAGUUCGACGUGUUUGCGAACUCCAUCCGGCGCUCCCACGAGCUCCUGGUGCCCCUCGGCAUCGACCUCGUAGGCCUGAUCACCAGUGACAACGCCAACAACCACACGAUGGUGUCUCCCUAUGUCUCCAUCGCCGCCGUGCAGGUGGCGCUGGUGUCCAUGCUGAAGACGGCGGGGGUGGAGCCGGACGGCAUUGUGGGUCACUCGUUGGGCGAGAUCGGCUGUGGCUUUGCCGACGGGGCCUUGACGGCCGAGCAGACAGUGAUGUGUGCCUACUGGAGGGGACGCUGCGCCGAGCUGGGCAACCUGCCCAAGGGGGCCAUGGCAGCCGUCGGCCUGACCUGGGAGCAGGCGAAGCAGCGUUGCCGCAACGGAGUGACCCCGGCCUGCCACAACGCAGAGGACUCGGUGACGGUGUCCGGCCCAGCUGAAGCGGUGGCGGAGCUGGUGGCACAGCUCAAGGGAGAGAAUGUAUUUGCCCGGGAGGUGAACAGCCUAGGCGUGGCCUUCCACAGCCGCUACAUGCAGCCCGUUGGGCUGGCCCUGCAGGAGGCCCUCGAGAAGGUGAUCCCCGAGGCCCGCCCCCGGACGGUGCGCUGGAUCAGCUCGUCGGUGCCGCAGAGUCGCUGGCGGGAGCCGCUGGCCCGGAAGUGCUCGGCGGCCUACCACGUGAACAACAUGCUCUCGCCCGUCCUGUUCCGGGAGGCCCUGGAGCACGUGCCGAAAGAUGCCAUUGUGGUCGAGAUUGCGCCGCACUGCCUGCUGCAGGCCAUCCUGCGCCGAGCCCUGGGACCGGAGGCGACGUGCCUGGGCCUGAUGAAGCGGGACGUGCCGGACGUGCCGGCCUUCUUCCUGACCUCGCUGGGCAAGCUGCACGCCCACGGGGUGCCCCUGCAGCUGGAGCCCCUGUUCCCCCGGGUGCCGUGGCCCGUGCCCCGAGGUACGCCCAACGUGUCCCACCUGGUCAGCUGGGACCACUCGCAGUCUUGGUCGGUGGUCACCUACAAGGACUUCUUCCCCUCGGCACAGGUUCCCGAGGACGGGGAAGAGUUUGACCUGGCGGCCAAGGAGAACAGCUGCUACUUAGCGGGGAACCAAAUUGACGGGCGGGUGCUGUUCCCGGCAACGGGGUACAUGGUGUUGGCCUGGAAGUCUCUGGCCAAGCGGUCGGGCAAGCCUUACAAUCAGGUGCCCGUCGUCUUCGAGGACGUCACCCUGCACAGGGCCACCAUCUUUCCCAAGAACGGUUCAGUGCACCUCAAGGUGAACGUGAUGCGCGUGUCGGGCGAGUUCGAGGUGUACGAGGCCGGCACGGUGGCCGCGAGCGGCCGCAUCUUUCUGGCCGAGAACGGGCAGAAGUUCCUGGACUACGGGGUGCCCUUUGGUCCCCCGGAGACCGUGACCUUUGAUCUCGACACCGAAGACAUCUACAAGGAACUGCGCCUCCGGGGGUACGAGUACUCUGGAAGCUUCCAGGGCAUCUUGAAGGCCGCCAUCCAGCACCCCUACGGCAAACUCAAGUGGGAGGACAACUGGGUGACUUUCCUGGACACCAUGCUGCAAUUCAGCAUUUUCAGCAACCCCGUGCGCUCUUUCAACCUGCCCGUCAGGAUUUACUCCUGCAAGGUGGACCCUGCAGUCCAUGCCAAGGCCGUCGGCGCAGUGGGAGACCAAGGGGUGGAUGUGGUCUACGAGAAGCAUCUCAACGUUUGCCGUGCCGGCGGCGUGAUCAUGAAAGGCCUCAAGGUCGACGUGGCGCCCCUCCAGGCCGUGCAGCAGGAGCCGUUCCUGGAGGAAUACCAGUUCGUGCCGUACCUGGACGACGAGUCGGCCGGCCGCCAGCGCGAGGCCGCGGUACGCGAGUACGUCGAGGUCUGCUGCGGCGUUGCCCGCCGCGUGCUCGAGUCGUGCGGCAAAAACAAGGCUCAGAUCUCCGACAUGAUGAACGUGUUCAGCGAGGCGCCCGAGCAGGUCCUCCACAAGUACCUGGAGAGCCUGGCCGAGAACCACGGGCUGUUGCGCGUCCUGGCCAGCGUCCAGGAGGAGGCCAAAAACUCGGCAGGUUCUCUUGUGGCCACAGUCCAGUCGGCCCUGUCGGCCUACAAGGAAAACCUCGAGAGGGACCUCCUCAACACGGCCCUUCUGGAGGAGGACCCACUGCGGCACCUUCUAGACGUGGUCGUCGAGAACACCGGCGUUGAGAAGCUGAAAGUCCUCGAGAUGGCCGCGGAUGCGGGGCUUUUCCUUCUGGCGCCCCGGGUAUCCAACCUCCUCGCGCUGUCCCACAUCCUCCUCAAGACGGACCUGACAAUCGCACAUCCGCAGCCGAAUGUUCUGACGGCAGAGCAAGUUCCAAAAGACGCCAAGAAGGUCGCCUGGGACGUGGCGUCUUCAUCGAAGGCCGCCCUUCCCGAGGCUGACCUCUUCGUAGCCCGUUACGUAGCCGACAGCAACGCGCUGGAGACGCUCGCAGACGCGCUCGCGGCUCAGUCGAGGGAGGGCGGCUUUGUUCUGCUGUCUCUGCGGACCGCGCUCACGCCCGCCGAGAUGUUCCUGUCGACUGUGGGCAAGGUGCCGUUCCGGGUGCACUCUCGAGACUCCGUCGAGGCUGCCUUUGGGGAGCGUGGCUUCCGGCUCGUGGGCCUCCGGUCCAACAAUUUGUCUGCGCUCCUGCUGUUCAGAAAGUGGCCGGCGAUUCCGGCCGGUGAAGAAAAGCAGGCAGUGAUCCGGGUCAGAAGCGGCGGGUUCGGCUGGGUGGAAGAGCUCAAAGCCAAGGCGACUGAGUACCAGGCGAGGCCGGCGGGCGAGAACGUCUGGCUGGUGGCCGAGGACGUGGGCACCAGCGGGGUCGUCGGGCUCACCAACUGCCUCAGGCAGGAGACUGGAGGAGACCACAUCAGGUGCAUCUUCAAUGCCAGCCUCAAAGGCGGCGCAAACCCAGUGGCCAACUUCCAGCCGGCCAGCUCGGAGCACAAAGAGCUCGUGGAACGUGACCUGGUCAUGAACGUCUACCGCGACGGAAAGUGGGGCUCUUUUAGGCACACCGUGACCCAGUCACGUGGCGCCCCCCGGCUGUGGACGGACCAGGCGUACCUCGACGUGCAGACCCGGGGUGACCUGUCGAGCCUGCAGUGGUACGAGAGUCCCCUGCGGUACCGGCCGGCCUCGGACGACCGGGUGCUCUGUAGCGUCUACUACGCGCCCCUCAACUUCCGUGACAUCAUGCUGGCCACGGGCAAGCUGCCUCCUGACGCCCUCCCCUGCGCCCUGGCGUCGUCGGACUGCGUGUUGGGGCUGGAGUUCUCCGGGCGGGACCCCUCGGGGCGCCGGGUGAUGGGCUCGGUGGCGGCCGGGGGCAUGGCGACCACCGUAGCGGCCGACCCGGACUUCCUGUGGGAGGUGCCGGCGGACUGGAGCCUGGAAGAGGCGGCGACGGUGCCCGUCGCCUACUCGACGGCCUACUACGCCCUGCUGGUGCGGGGCGCCAUGCGUCCCGGGGAGGCCCUGCUGGUGCACUCAGGCAGCGAGGGCGUCGGCCAGGCCGCCAUCGCCAUCGCCCUCUCCAUGGGCUGCACCGUCUUCACCACCGUCGAUUAUCAGGAGAAGCGGGAGUUCCUGAAGCGGCGCUUCCCACAACUGCAGGACCGCAACUUUGCAGACUCUUGGGACCUGUCCUUCAUAGAGCACAUCCUCCGCGAGACCGAGGGCAGGGGGGUGGACCUGGUGCUGAACUCACUGGCCGAGGAGAAGCUGCUGUCGAGCGUGCGCUGCCUGGCCACCCACGGCCGCUUCCUGGAGGUCGGCAAGUUCGACCUGUCUCAGAACAACACCGUGGUCAUGGCGGUGUUGCUCAACGCCCUGUUCGGGGACGACCCCCGAGUGUCGGCGGACAAGCGCCGUGUGGCCCAGCUGGUGCGCGAGGGCGUCGCCUCGGGCGCCGUGCGGCCCCUGGACGCUGUCCGCUUUGCCCGGGACCGCGUCGAGGAGGCCUUCCGCUUCAUGGCCUCCGGCACGCACAUGGGCAAGGUGGUGCUCGAGAUGCGGCCCGAGGAACCGCAGCGGCAGACGAUGGCGGCCACGCCCCUCUCGGUGGAGGCCCAAGCUCGCACCUACUUCUUCGAGGACAAGAGCUACGUGGUGGCCGGGGGCCUGGGCGGCUUCGGCCUGGAGCUGGCCGACUGGAUGGUGGCCCGGGGCUGCCGCAGGCUGCUGCUCACGGCCCGCUCGGGCGUCCGCACGGGCUACCAGCGCCUCUGCCUGCACCGCUGGCAGAUGGCCGGCGCCAAGGUGGCCGUGAGCCGGGCGGACGCGGCCACCGAGGAGGGCGCCAGGGCGCUGCUUCAGGAGGCAGCCGCCCUCGGCCCCGUGGGCGGCGUCUUCAACCUCGCCCUGGUGCUGAGGGACGCCCUACUGGAGAACCAGACGGCGGAGGCGUUCGAGGCGGUGUGCCGUCCCAAGGUGGCCGGCACCCUGCACCUGGAUGCGGUGUCCCGGGAGCUGUGUCCCCAGCUGGACCACUUCGUGGCCUUCUCGUCUGUGUCGUGCAGCCGGGGCAACAAGGGCCAGACCAACUACGGCUACGCCAACUCCAUCAUGGAGCGCGUCUGCGAGACAAGGGUGGCCGACGGACUGCCCGGCCUGGCCAUCCAGUGGGGCGCCAUCGGCGACGUGGACGACCUGCGGGAGACGAUGGGGGCGGACGUGGUGGUGGGCGGCACGGUGCCCCAACGCAUCGGCUCGUGCCUGACGGUGCUGGACCGCGUCCUGCGCCAGGGCCACCCCGUGAUCUCCUGCCUGGUCAAGGCUGACUUAUCCUCCGGGGCCAAGGCCAAGGACAAGCACGACCUCGUCCAGUCCGUGGAACACAUCCUCGGUGCCAAGAACGCCUCGAGCCUGAGCCCUUCCCUGACCCUGGGGGAGCUGGGCAUGGACUCCCUGAUGGCCGUCCAGGUGAAACAGACCAUCGAGAGGGACUACCACCUCAGCCUGUCCAUGAAGGAGAUUCGGCACCUCAGCAUCGGUCGACUCAAGGAAAUCGGAGGCUCUGCCGCACCUCAGAGGGCAGAGGACGCGUCCGUGUCGGAGCUUCCCCGGCUGACGCUGAUCGAGAGGCUGGUGUCGGAUCAAAUGGCGGUGGAAAUGAACGGGCGCCUCGGCAGACCGGUGUUCCUGGUGCAUCCCAUCGAGGGCCACGUGGGGGCCCUCUACGAGCUGGCCUUACAGCUGCCCGUGCGGGCCGUCGGCCUGCAGCGCACGCGCGACGUCCCUGCACGCAGUAUAGAGGAGCUGGCCGCCAUCUACCUCCAGCGGCUAGUGGAGGUACAGCCCCAGGGUCCGUACCACAUCGUGGGCUACUCGUUCGGGGCCACGGUGGCCUUUGAGAUGGCGGUGCAGCUGCAGGGGGCGGGAGCUCUCGUGGGCAGCCUGGUGCUCCUCGACGGGGCGCCCCGGUACAUGGGGCGCCACUACAGCCACUACACUGACGCCAACGAGGAGGAGGCCUCCCUCUUCUGCGCCUUCCUCAUGCAGUACCUCGACAUUGACUUCCUCCAGGUGAAGCGGCAGAUGUUGCAGUACCCGACCUGGGAGGCGAAGCAGGAGGUGGCCACGGACCUGCUGCUGGCGGCCAUCCCCGACGUGUGCCCCAGCCGGGAGGACGUGGCCCUGGCCACGAGCGCCUUCUACGACUUCCUCAAGGCCGGCAGCAGGUACGCCCCUACGGCCAAGUUCCUGGGGGACGUCACCCUGGUCAAGCCCUCCAAGCCACGCAAGAUGGCCAUGCAGCUGCCCCCCGACUACGGCCUCUCCGAGUGCUGCGAGGGCAAGGUUCACAUCCACGUGGUGGAGGGACUCCACGAAAACUUCAUCCUGGGCAAGGGGGCGCUGGAGUGUGCCAACCUGGUUGCCCAACAAGUCGGCACGGCGUAGCUCGGCCCGCUUGUUUCAGAGCGGUGGCAUCCCCAGUGUGCUGCGGCACAACGGUCCUUGCUGCCGCUUGCUCCCGCUGUUUUCGUCGUGUUGACCCUUCGGUGCUUCUUCGUCCUUUUGUACAGCAGACGGACGACGCGAAGACCACUUCCGCCACCACUCUGUUUUUAUGCAUACUGUAUAUUUGUUUAUUGUGUUGCUCAAAACAGAGCUAGUGAAUCGCAUAAUGUGUGUGGCCUGCUGGGACUCGCAGUGCAUUUCCCUCACCUCGAAACAAACCGGCGUAAAAAAAAAACUUCCGAGAACUUGGAAAGUUCGAGUUCGUUACGGGCACAUCACCUUGUGGACAUGAAUAUUUGCCACAGGCGUGGGCGCCACCGCUUUCCUCCCCAACAUCCUCUUACUGGACUAGCACAGCUUAUGUAAAGCUAGUGUCUUGGAAUGAUCAGUCUGCCAUCAUGUAUUUAACAUUGUAGAUGUGUUGUAGGACAGACAUGAGACAUGUUGUUAAAAGGGGAAAUCUAAACGGCGUUAAGUAGGCUUUGCCUUCAUUGUGCAAGGUUCAAGCUGAUAGGAAGCGCUAGUAAUGGAGCCAUUUUUUUCAUUGAAAGUUGUGGCAUGUGAGGGUCAUUAGCAAACCUCCCGGUUGAGUCAAACAUGCAAAAGUUAGUGACUUGAGCCGAAAUGUAAUUAGGUUUCAGGUACAGCUACACCCUUGCAAAUGUCUCGCUGCAGUUGCCCGCACAACUUGGUUACUUUUCUAACAUCCCGCGAUGUCACCGAGCGGUGCUGAGGCAAUAUAUGCUUACUCUUCAUGUAGCUGCACUUCACUAAAAUGUGAGAAAUCUGCCUAACAGUGUGCCAUGGGUUAUUUUCACUCUUUCGAUAAGCUCGCACCUCUUUGCACAGACGAAUCGUUAAAGCAGGCGGCGGCAGCGCUCCAAGAGUUUCGGUUCUUCUCCGCUCUUGUCGAACUGUCGGCCGGCGCUCUCCCGGCGGCGACGUUCGCGCUGUGGGCGCACGGAUACUAACGCGCCCAUUGUUGCCCUGGAUGGAUAUACACUCGGGGUGUUUACCAACCGGGAAAACCGGAAAUUCUCAGGUAUUUUGAAUAGUCCAGAAAAUCUCAGGAAGAACUCAGGGAAUUUUUGCUUCUAUCGGGGACUUUUUUAUUUUUUUUUUUAUUUUUAAAAGUAAUAAUAAUAACUUUCUUUCCAUCAAAUGAUAGAGGGCCAAAAGGAAAAAAUCUGCAGUACGCAGCUUGACUGGUCCUCGGGGCCCUUACAUUGCUCAGCAGCAAGCAGGUGGAAAAAAUACAAAAAAGGCAAAGUAUACAGUUGAACCGUUGCACAUCUACGGUUGACAUUUCUACAAACCAAGGUUCACCCAAGUACAAAACGUAGAAUGAAAACAAAAAUCACGCACAACAAUAUAAGCGCAGGUCCUUGAAAUUUAAACUAUCAAAGUCAAUAUUAUCAGUGCAAAGACUAUUUAAUAAAUGUGGGAGUGUGAAAUUAAACAUUUGAUAGCCAUAGUUCGUUCGUUGCGUGACCAUCCUCCAUAUCUCUGCGUUGCGGGUGGAAUAAUGUAGGGAAAUUUCCCUUAACGACGCAAGUUUUUCCAAAAAAA